AUGGACAUGUGCGUGGACAUGCGCGUGGACAUGUGCGUGGACAUGUGCGUGGACAUGCGCGUGGACAUGCGCGUGGACAUGUGCGUGGACAUGCGCGUGGACAUGCGCGUGGACAUGCGCGUGGACAUGUGCGUGGACAUGCGCGUGGACAUGCGCGUGGACAUGCGCGCGAACACAUCACACGUCAUGUACGAACGUUGGGCGGCGGGCGGCUGCGGCAGGCGGCGGUUGUCCGGCUCUAAGUUUCUAGUUUAG